CCGACCUAGCAAACCAAGCUGAUCGUCAGUCGGAGUGCGGUUUCGGCGAGUGACAGUUCAUGAGCGGUGGUGGCGGCGGCAACUUUUGGAGACUUUCGAGACUUCCGAGAAUGUGUGGUGUUUAGGGUCGUUUUAAGGGGCCCGCUUGCGUGAUUUAAAUGGGUUUCCUGGUCAAACAGCGGAGGAGAGUGCUCGAUUUGCGGUGGUCACUGGCGGUGACCUUGGCGCUGCUCGUGACGCUGGUCCAGCCAGACGGGAUCAAGCUGCCGGACCAGACGGACGAGGGUAGGUCGUUGCCGACGGGAGGCGGUCCGGGCGUGGCGCCCGCAGACGGGGAAGGUCGCCGCAUGGGCAAACAUCUGCUGGACUUUAUCGGGUUGGGCACGGGGGGUAACGUGGACCCGUACCUGGCCCGGACCAACUCGCAGUGUCUGAAUGGAGAGCUGGCCGACUGCUUCAAGUCACAAGCGCUCAACACUUUCACCGAUUUCUUCGCCAAGGAUGUGUACCAAUUGACAUCCGACGCCCGAAUCGUCCGAAUGCCGGAGACUCAGCUGCGAUCGCUGGACCGUGAAGGCUUCGAAUACUCGGAAGAACCGCGCCAGCUCGACUCCGAGUGGGACGCCCUGUACAAGUUUGGCUUGCGUCAGCUGGAGCGUUUCGUCAAAUCUGCCGCGCUGGAGUUCGCCAUCCCGGAUGAGCUAACCGAAGGAGGUCGCUAUUCGGCACGCUUCAUCGAUGAGAUCUCCGACGAGAUCGAUGUAAUCGAGGAUAAAAAGGCCCCGCUGUUCACCCGCCACCGGCUCAAGAAGAUCUUCAUCCCUCUGCUCAUCAUCCUGAAGAUCUUCAAGCUGAAGCUGCUGCUCUUCCUGCCAGUUAUCCUGGGUCUCGCGAGCUUCAAGAAACUGCUCGGCUUCGCUGCCAUCAUCAUCCCCGGCGUGAUCGGCUACCUCAAGGUGUUCCGGCCCAACCAGAGCUGUUGCAAUACCAACGAGCUGUUCUCGUCCGGGUACCAACCUCCGCAAUACUCACCCCAGGGCGUUGGCUCGGUCAGCUACAAUCCGUUCAAGCCCUACCAGAACCAGUACUCGCGGCCGGAACCGAACUUUGCCGCGCCGUACGGCAACUACUACCGGGAUUCGCACGAGCUGAAGUCGUCCGGUGGAGUCAAAUUUGGCGACGACCAGGCAUAUCAGGGAUAUUCCGAGUACCGAAGCAGCGACAAGGACAUCAAGGCCGAAAAUUGAGAGGCGCACACGCAAAAACCGCGCGAAUACGCUUCAAACGAGGAGAAAGGGGUGGAGCUGAAACUGUAUAAAUUAGUGCUUAAGGUGUGGACGAAACGUGAAUGAUAUUGUGUUGUUGAGUACUGUUUGUUAUUACCAAUUAUAUGUGCGUACGAAAACCCCGCGACAGCCAUCAGUGAUAGUGUAAAUAUUUAUGUUAUAUAAAUUGAAAUUAAAAUUCUACCUGCAAAAUAAACAUAAAACGUGA